AUGGGGCAGCGCCUCUUGGCGACUCUAGGUAAUGCUAUUAGUGGCUACUGCGGUGGCCUCCUCGACUCAAUCCAAUCACUAAAGGUGGAAGCAGCAACAUAUGCCAAGACUGCCCUGCUCACUGCUGCUACUGCUGCCGCCGCCAAAGCGACGGCGAAAACGCCCUCUUUAGUCUAG